AUGAGUAGUCACUACAACGAAAAGCCUUUCCGCCUUCUUGAUCUACCACGCGAGCUACGAGACGAGAUCUACGAGUAUGCGCUUGACUUCCAUCGCUACCGGACGGAACUUUAA